CAAACAAGGGUCUGUGCUGCGGUGGAAGAGGGCUGAGGACUAGAGAGAUGGCGCGGCACCCGACAGGAGCGCAAGGACUGCUGGUUAGCGGUGGGGGGGCUUGAAAUAUAAAGAGAAUCAGAAAAAAAUAAAAAAACUACAUAUUUAUGUAUAUACCAGAAAAAAGGGGGGAUUCUGAACAGGAUUUUCAAUUUUGCAGAAGAGUACCAGAGGUAGGAGAAUAAUCCCAAACCACUGGAGGACUGAGAGAAGCAGAGGCUGCUGCUGCAAAAACAGAAGAAAAGCAACAAAAGAAGAUUGAACUUUCCUGGACGGGAGGACUUCUGGGCACCAGCUCCCUGCGGUAGGUCAGAUAGAUGGUUUGUCCACAGCGCUGCCCGGAUCAUGAACGCACAGCUGUCGAUGGAGAAUAUUGGCGACAUGCACGGAGUGAGCCAUGAGUCCGUGAACGGUCACGGGGACCUGCUUAGCGGCCACAGUCCGCAUUCCCGUCCGAACCCCCGGGCUCUGGGCCACCGUUCAAUGGGCAUGGCGACCCUGCUGGACGGCGGAGACUAUCACCACGGCCACCCCGGACACCUGCACCCGGCCAUCAGCAUGUGCGAAGCCCCCCAUGGCAUGAGUGCGAGCAGCACUUACACAACCCUAACCCCCCUGCAGCCCUUACCCCCCAUCUCCACGGUGUCGGACAAGUUUCCACCCCAUCAUCACCACCACCACCACCACCAUCCCCAUCAUCCGCACCCUCACCACCACCAGAGGAUCCCGGGGAACGUCAGCGGCAGCUUCACGCUGAUGCGAGAGGACCGGAGUCUGGCUCCUAUGAACAGUCUGUAUCCCGCGUAUCAUCACAAGGAUCCCUGCAUGGGCCAGAGCUUGUCCCCGCUGUCUGGUUCCGGUCUGGCCAGCAUACACACGUCCCAGGCCGGCAUCCCCCCCUACGCGCAUCCCGGUGCCGCCAUGCCCGGUGAGAAGAUGCUCACCCCCAGCGGGUUUGAGGCUCACCAUCCAGCCAUGCUCGGCAGACACACGGAGCAGCACAUGAGCUCCUCGGCGGGCAUGGUGCAAAUCAAUGGCCUCCACCACCACCCGCACGCCCACCUUGGCGCGCAGGGGCACGGCCAGGGCAUGGGGAACGGCCGGGAGCAGGCCUCCGGGCCCGGGCAGCAAGGGGGUGGAGGAGGUGGCGUUAAUGGGGGGCAGAUGGAGGAGGUGAAUACCAAAGAAGUGGCGCAGAGGAUCACCACGGAGCUGAAGCGCUACAGCAUCCCUCAGGCCAUCUUCGCCCAGCGGGUCCUCUGCAGGUCCCAGGGGACCCUGUCCGACCUGCUGAGAAACCCCAAACCCUGGUCCAAGCUCAAGUCCGGCAGAGAGACCUUCCGCCGCAUGUGGAAGUGGCUGCAGGAGCCUGAGUUCCAACGCAUGAGUGCGCUCAGGCUCGCAGGUGAGCGAAGCCUCGCUUGUAAGCGUAAGGAACAGGACCACGGCCGGAGUGAGCGAGGAAACAUGUCCAAGAAGCCCCGGCUGGUGUUUACAGAUGUGCAGCGGCGGACACUUCACGCCAUCUUCAAGGAGAACAAGCGUCCAUCCAAAGAGCUGCAGCUCACCAUCGCCCAGCAGCUGGGCCUGGAGCUGACCACAGUCAGCAACUUCUUUAUGAAUGCACGCCGACGGAGCCUAGAUAAGUGGGUGGACGACGGCUCCGGUCACCCUGGCCCCAACGGCUGCAUCAAAGCCUGAAGACGGACUGAUCUGACCAACUCAUGGACUGACUUAACUUCGGUGGAAAAGCUUUAAAACUUAGGAGAAACAAAGAGAAACUUAAAAAAAAGACCUUGAAGCAACGUUUUGCCCUUAAACCUGUACUAUAUUGAUAUUUAUAGUAUCCAAAGAUGAAAAAAACAAACCAAAGACUUGUUUGACCUGCUUUAAAAUGUUUGUUUCAGCAACACAUUUAUGUGUAACAUACUGCAAAAAGACUAUAAUUUUACCCCCCCCCCCACACCUUCACACACUCUCACUAUCACUGGUCUCUAGCUUUACUACAACCCUCCUUACCUCCCCACCCCAGUAUCAAUCUAUCAUUCGCCAUCCUUAUCUCUAAUCUGAUUGGUUGGUUUUAAUGACGGGUCCCUAAAUGGAGGUUUAAUCAGCCUAUUGACAGUGUGAUCUGCAGCUGUCCACAGCCUUGAAAAACAGCCAGAAUGUGGAGCUCAGGUGGGAUUGGCCAAUCAACGAUAAAGAAAAUAAUCCUGCAGGAGCGACCGGAUUGUUGUGCAGCCUCAUUCGGAUGGAUGGCGGUGGACUGUCUGUCUUAUCUGUCCAUCGGUCCAGCUGUCUGUCUCUCUAUCAAGCAUUCCAGACAGACAUGGGGAAGCCCAAAAUGUAGACUGCUAACCCAGAACCACCCCCAAACAAACUAAACCAAAAACCCCCCAACCUCAACCCACAUGGUAGUGCUUUCUUCCAACAUGCUGAAGCGUUUGAAUAAUUUCAAAGUGAGAAACCAAAGCCUUCUACACCCUGACGCCUCUCAUCCAACUUAGAAAUAAAACCACUGAAAAUGCUACAAAGUAAUUUGACCAAAGACUGUAUUUUCUAGCGGAUAAUAUUUUUACCUCAUUCCUUCCCUUAUCUCCUUAAAACAGACUGAUGUUAUAUAAGGGGAGAAUGUUUCUGUUCAUGGUCCAUUAACUAUUUUGAGUCAUUCUGGAAAUCACACAUAAUAACAUAACCCUGAAAGUUAGAUAAAGACAUUUGCCUUAUAGAUGCCUUUUUGAAUCAAACUGAAAGUGAAAGGCUGUUAGUGAAAAUGGAUCCUUACAGAUAUAACCUUUCCUGUAAGUUUCUACAGGUCUGGUUUUUUAACGUUCAAAGCUGUAAACAAAGAAAUCCGCUCUAGUUUUCUCCUCACUGCCGGCUCUACGUGUGGUCUCGACACUGUGAGGUAGACAGAUGGCCUCUGAUGCUUCUUUUUUCUUCUGAGGACAAACUGUGUCCCCACUCUGAUAACAAGCGUUCAGUGUAACUCCGUCAUCCCUCGCGCACCUCAUACGUUUUAGAUUUUUAUCUCCUCAUCGGAGAUGUUGGGCGGAGGGGACGAUAUCAAUGAUCAAAUCAAUUCCAGGUGCUUACACAGCAAUCUCAGCUCGUCACCUGAAU